AUAAAACAUGCGGGCUCUUUUUACUCUGGCUUGUUCUUUUGAUUUUUUGAUAAAUUAAUAAUCACAUCCAACUAAUGGAACAAAAUUUUGUACCGCGUUUUUAAAUAAUAAAAUAUAUUGUGAGAAAAAUGUGUUGUAAAUUCCUGAGAAUGACAAGUGUGAAUGUUUCAUCCUUGUCAUCAGGACACUAAUCCAAUUCCAGUCCUUGUAAUAGACAGAUGUUUAGGUUUAAUGUUGCCAGCAAAUUAUGUAGAAUCAUUCCUAGAUGAUUCAUCCCAAGUCUGGCUAGUAUAAAUAGGGCAUUCAAUCCUUUGUAAAUUUAAUUCAAGCAAUUCAGAGAACUCAGAAAUUUCAGAUAUUAAGAAGAAGUAAUUCAGAAGUUUUUAUCUAUAUAUAUCUAUCUCUUAAAUUUAGUCUUCAUCUUCUUCAUUUCACAACACGUUAUCAGCACGAAUCAGCUCAAGCUCUUCAAGAAAUCAUCUUCCUGCAGUAAUUCAUGGCCAAUAUAAGCAAAAGAGAAUUCAAUGUUCUUGAUCUGUCUGGACAAAAAUACCUGGAAUGGAAAGUUGAUGCUUUAGCACAUUUGAAGGCUAAUGGUCUUGAAGAAACUAUUGAGACAAAUAAGCCAUCAUCUUCCCAAGACAAAGCGAAAGCUAUCAUUUUCCUCCGUCACCACCUCCAUGAAAGUCUCAAAUCUGAAUAUCUUUUGGUUGAUGAUCCAAAAGAAUUAUGGGACAAUUUACAAGAGAGGUAUGGCCACCAACAAAAGGUACUUUUGCCAAAAGCUCAGUAUGACUGGAUCAAUUUAAGAUUCCAGGAUUUUAAAUCAAUCAGUGACUAUAAUUCUGCCAUGUUCCAAAUAACAUCUAAACUAAAGUUAUGCGGACAAAAAGUCACGGAUGCUGAUAUGUUGGAGAAAACCUUUUCUACCAUGCAUAUUUCUAAUAUGCUGCUACAGCAGCAAUAUAGAGAAAAGGGUUUUAAAAAAUACUCCGACCUUAUAUCAGUUCUACUUGUUGCUGAGCAAAAUAAUGACCUUCUGAUGAAAAAUCAUAAUCUGAGACCCACUGGUUCUAGUCCUUCGGUUUAUGGUCCAUCUGGCCAUAAUUUAGCCACUGAAUCAAAUGCAACAUACAGUGGCAGUAGAAGGCAUUUUAAACGUGGGCAUUUUAAUGGUCAUAAAAACAAGUCACACCGAGAAUACAAACAGGUCGAAAGACCAAAUUACAAGGGCAAGGGCAAACAAAAAGCCCAUCAAAUAAAUCGCCCUCCAAAAUCCUCGGGAAAGUCGACUUGUUAUAAAUGUGGCAUGACGGGACACUGGGCUAAUAAAUGUCGCACGGCUAAACAUCUGGUGGAGUUAUUUCAAGCUUCCAUGAAUCUGAACAAAGGCAAAAAUGUGGAAGCUAAUUAUGUUAAUGAUACAACUCCACCUAUGCCAAAAUUUGACGUGUCCGACUUCUUCGUGGAUGAUGCUAUUAUGGAUGAUGCUUUUGCCAUUAAUCAAAAUGCUACAAAAUAAAAUAUUAGACUCCUGAUAUUGUAAAAUACUAGUUUUAUGUACUUUUUAUCUUGUUUUUUUUAAAUAAAUGUGUGUAAUAUAUGUACUCUUAUGUUAAAUAAUAUGCAUAAUUUGUGGUCAAGCUUAUGUUUAUUUACAUAUAUUGAAGAUAUGGA